AUGUCUCUCACGUUUAUCAUCGUUAUCGUUUUCAUUACGAUUACUACGACGACAACGAGAACGACAGCGUCGACGACAACGACGAAUCGUGAAAGCAUAGAUACUGAAGUAAAUCUGUAUCUACAAAAGUACGGCUACUUGAGUAAGGCUGGCAACAAUACGCAAUUAUCAUUCGAAGAGGGAGAACUUAAACAGGCUAUUUCGUUGUUUCAAGAAUAUUAUCAAAUACAGGGCGAGAUGCUAGCGGAUCCACACACCUUGCAAACUACCGAAUUCGCGUUCUCGCUAUGGGCAGCUAAUUCGUCUUUAUCGUUCGAACGUAAAACGGUAAAUCCCGAUAUCUUGAUAUCUUAUCGUAAUGGCACACACACGUACGCUGAUCGUAGACGCAACGAAGAAAUUUGCGCCUCUUCGUUAGAUGGACCUGGUGGAGUACUCGCUCACGCGUUCUGUCCUCCUACCGUUGACAGUUACAGCGCUGAAAUACACAUAGAUAGUGCAGAACCGUGGCAUAUAUAUCUAACUGACAAAUCUGCUAGUAGUAACAAGGACUAUCUGCUUAACACGUUAAUACAUGAAAUUGGACACGCAUUAGGAUUAAUGCACAGUUCGUGCGAAGAAUCCAUAAUGUUCGCAGUUGUCACUGCUAGAAAUAAUAAUAGAAUCGCUAAACUCAACAUAGAGGACAUUUUAGCCAUUCAACACAACUUUAUGGAAUUAAAAAUCCAAAACCAACAACAACCACCAACUACUGAAAGUACAACAAAUACACCCACGUAUGUAGAUCUCUGUACUUUACAAUAUGUGGAUACGGUGUUGGACGUUGAAGACAUUGACAAUAUUGGAAACAUCGAUGAUGACGAGUACUUGUCAGACGAUUCAGGAUAUUGUUCGAAUUAA